AUGUUUGACACGAGGCUUGCCGCUAUUUACCAUCACUCAACUAUCUCUGAUAAGAAUCUAGAGAGCGUCAAGCAUUCGAGAAUGUCCAGCAAUGGCAAGACCAACGAACCCACAUUUGAAAUGAAACCUCUUUAUGGCGGAGCCGUCCCCAAACCUGAAGCUCAAUUCCUCAAAUGGGCAUCGGCUUAA